AUGACGAGUACGUAUAAAGAUUCAGGCACUGCAAGCCUGAAGGAUGAUGAAGAGUUCACGGAUAUAUUGGAAGAGAGGAGGCGUACCACUGAUCUUGGUUAUGCCCUGAGAACCUUUAACCCUCAACCGUACAAAGGAGCCCCAACCCUUUCCACCCCUGACCUCAACAAAGCUGUACUGGAGUCCCAGUAUCUGUGCUAUAUUAUCAAAGAGAUUGCCAUGGAGACGGGGUCAUCCGUGGAGAAGGUGAAAGAAGAUGCUUCUGGGAUUUUGAAGGAAAUGUCUCACAAUCUGCAGCUGGGGUUUAUCAGGCUAUUGGGCUACACUCUAAACAAGGUGUUCAAGAGACUCUACAGGAGCAUCUAUGUCAACAUGGAAGGACUCAACAUGCUGCAGCAGGCCAUCCAGGAGAGUCCUGUGAUCUUGAUACCCAAUCACAGGAGUUAUGUGGACUUCUUGAUUAUCUCCUACAUCCUGUUCACCUACGACAUCCCAGUACCUGUCAUUGCUGCAGGAAUUCGUCUUGCAGAUGUGACGAUUAUUGGAGGGCUUCUGCGUCGCUCUGGAGCUUUUUAUAUCCGACGAGCAAUUGGUUCUGACAAGCUGUACUGGGCGGUGCUUUUAGAAUACGUACAAACAAUUGUCAGGACAGGAUAUGCUCCUUUGGAGUUUUAUGUAGAAGGUUUCAGGAGUCGCACACUGAAGUCUCUGGUGCCAAAGCUUGGUAUGAUGGACAUGGUGCUGGAGCCAUACUUUAAAGGUGAGGUGUUUGACAUUACCCUGGUGCCCAUCAGUAUCAGCUAUGACAGAGUGCUGGAGGAGUCAUUACUUGCACUUGAGUUGUUGGGUGUCCCAAGACCACAAGAAAGCAUCACCGGACUCUUUAAAGCUAGCGGAGUCCUGCAGGAAGAUUAUGGCUGCAUGCAUGUGAACUUUGGCCGCCCCCUGUCUGCCCGACAGCUGUGUGAAGGAAAGAUAAAUUGGAGCGAGUACAACCUCAUUCCAAGAAAUCUUCCCCAGAGGCCAACUGCAGAGACCCAGGACUGUGUGAACUGGCUGGCCCAUUUGAUUGUGCGAACCCAGGAGGAGGGCUCUUUGAUCAGCCCUUGGUCUCUGAUGGCCUGCCUGUUGCUCCAGACUCCAUUCACAACUUUAACGGAAGAGGGUCUGCAGUGGCAUCAGCUCACAGAAAAAACCCUCUGGCUCAGGAAGCUGGUGCUGGAUUUCGGGGCCCGUCUGAACUGGCCUGCACACAUCCCAGACUCAGAAGUGAUGUCAUCCACCGUGGCUCUUCAUCACUCCAUUGUCCAUCAUAAAGAGGACCGUAUCUACCUGGUUCAGGAUGAAGACCCUGCGAGGCAAGAUCCACUCAGCCCAGAGGAAGGUGUGAUGAGGAUGGCGGUAGUGGUGCUGAUGCUGGUUUCCUACAGGAAUCAGGCGUUGCAUGUCUUUGUGCGUCCAGGAAUACUUGCUACAGCCAUCCACAUCACAAAAAAAACACAGAAGGAUGAGCUCUUCAGCUUUUUCUGCUUCCUGCGGGACGUCUUCUCCAAUGAAUUUAUCUUUAUCCCUGGCAGGGCAGCGCAGGACUUUGAGGAGGCAUGUUCACUCCUGCAGAAAUGUGGAGCAGUCCACAUCAGUCAGCAGGAAGUGACCGUGUUGGAAACGGGGCUGGAAGUUUUAUCCUUUCUGCAGAAGCUGCUGCAACCCUUCUUAGACUCAUAUCAGCUGAUGUUCAGGUACUUGUGUGAAAAGGAAGAUCACGUGUUUACUGAGGAACAGUUCCUACCUGAUGUGCGAAACCUGGCUACAAAACUCAUCGUCUCAGGUGACCUUCACACCUUUGAAGUCCUGUCUUCUGACACACAGAAAAAUGUUCUUUCUGCACUGCGGAGACUGGAGGCGGUGACGAAGUUGAGGGUGUCCCAGCAGAAGGAAUACAAAGUGAACAAAGCAGCUGUCAGCAGAACUGGUGACAUACUCUGUAAGUUUAUUUGUGAUAUUCCACUGGGAAAGUCCCUCUUGAGAGCCUCCACACUACACCUGACGCAAGACUUCAGUGUCAAGUGGAAUAAAUUCAUCCUCAGUAUCAGCUCACAGCCCCCUCCUCAAUGA